AUGCCGCGCUCCUUCCUGGUCAAGAAGCAUUUCAACGCCUCCAAGAAGCCCAACUACAGCGAGCUGGACACACACACAGUGAUUAUCUCCCCGUGUCUCUACGAGGGCUACCCGGUGCCUGUCAUCCCGCAGCCGGAGGUCCUCAGGUCGGGAGCCUACAGCCCCAUCGCCGUGUGGACCACCGCCUCUCCCUUCCACGCCCCGCUGCCCGCCGGCCUCUCCCCUCUGUCCGGAUACCCCGCAUCCUUGGGGCGCGUGAGUCCCCCUCCUCCGUCCGACACCUCAUCCAAGGACCACAGCGGCUCCGAGAGCCCCAUUAGCGACGAAGAGGAAAGGCUACAGUCCAAGCUUUCAGACCCCCACGCUAUCGAAGCUGAAAAGUUUCAGUGCAAUUUAUGCAAUAAAACCUAUUCGACCUUCUCUGGGCUGGGCAAACACAAGCAGCUGCACUGUGAUGCCCAGUCCAGGAAAUCCUUCAGCUGUAAGUACUGUGACAAGGAAUACGUGAGCCUGGGCGCCCUCAAGAUGCACAUUCGGACACACACCUUACCUUGUGUCUGCAAGAUCUGCGGCAAGGCGUUCUCCAGACCCUGGUUGCUGCAAGGACACAUCAGAACGCACACUGGGGAGAAGCCUUUUUCCUGCUCUCACUGCAGCAGGGCCUUCGCAGACAGGUCCAAUCUGAGGGCUCACCUGCAGACGCACUCGGACGUCAAGAAAUACCAGUGCAAGAGUUGCUCCAAAACCUUCUCGCGGAUGUCCCUCCUGCACAAGCAUGAGGAGUCUGGCUGCUGUGCGGCGCACUAG